GAUUAAAUGCAUGGUUUUGCAUGCAUAAAUCCUCCUCCAUCCAUUGCCCUCAAAUAACCCUAAUCCAAAUUCCACUCACUCAAACAAUUUUGAUCUCUUGCAAUGGAGGAUCACCAACUCACUACCAAGAAAAACACCCUAAUUUCUACCUUCUUUGAUGAAAAAAUUACAGAAGAUCAAUCAUCCAACCUUCCACACUUAUCCAUUCAACCUUCACCAACCCCAGCCUCGGCCUCGGCCUCUUAUCCUUUUCUUCUCUAUUGUUGCAUAUCCUCGCUUUGCCAUGAUGAUGGUGCCAUCAACUCUAUUGCUGUAUCCGGAAACCUAGUAUUAACUGGGUCGAGCACCACCCGCAUCCAUGCAUGGCAGUCACUCGACUGUCAUGCAAAAGGCUACAUAAAAACUACAUCGGGUGAUGUCCGAGCCAUGGUGUCUCAUGGUGACUUGCUAUUCACUUCACAUAAAGAUCACAAAGUGAGGAUGUGGAAUAUGAAAAAUCCUAGAGGUGAUUUUGAGCCUAGAAAAGUCACAACCCUACCUAAUAAUAUAACUGGCCAUUUCAAGAACUACCCCUUUCGUAAGCAUGCAAUUGCCUUACAACAUAAGGACACUAUCUCUUGCAUGGCCUUUAACCAUGUUGAAGGACUACUAUACACUGGCUCAUUUGAUAGAACUAUAAAAGUUUGGAAGUUAAAUGAGAAAAAAUGUGUUGACUCUAUUAUAGCUCAUAGAGGAAACAUCAAUGAUAUGGUAAUCAACCAACAAAAUGGGUAUCUUUUCACUUGCUCUUCGGAUGGAACAGUCAAAAUGUGGUUAAGGGCUUAUGGGGAGACAUUGCAUACCCUCAUCAAGGUCCUUAAUUUUAACACCUGCCCGGUUUAUGCACUGGCCUUAAGUGUGUCACCAUCACAUAGAAGUAUCUUGUAUUCAGGACCUUCUGAUGGAUGUAUAAAUUUUUGGGCGGAAGAGAAUUCGUUUCAGUAUAAUCACAAUGGUUUCCUAAAAGGACACCAUUUCGGGGUUUUAUGCCUAGUGACUCUCGAGGAUUUGGUGAUCAGUGGAUCUGAAGACUCGACGAUUAGGAUGUGGAGAAGAGAAAAAGGACGAGUUAUUCAUGAGUGUCUUGCUGUUUUAGAAGGCCAUAGAGGGCCUGUGAGAUGCUUGGCUGCUUACUUGCCUAAGGAUAAGGCUAUGAUGAGUUUCUUAGUGUAUAGUGCUAGCUUAGAUCGAACGUUUAAGGUGUGGAGAGUUAAGUUGUUACGAGAAGUGAAGAAAUUCACCGAUAACUCUAGCACUCGAGAGGAUGGUAUGGAGAGUGAAGGAGAUCCUAUAGGGUUUGAGGCAAGCCCUGUGAUAUCUCCUUCUAGGGUCAAGAAGAAGCUUCGAUAUCGUAAUCCUCAAUUCUUCACUAGUUAGUUUUUCAAAUCUUGAAUUUUUGGCAAUGUUAAUCGCAAAUUCCGAGGUAUUGUAAGAAAUUCAACACACUAUCUACCUUGAA